UUUCCAGCUUUAAAAACGGCGAAGCCAGCCCCUUUGACAAACCGCGCUGCGUCACGCACCGGGAGUUUCUAGAAAUCCUAAUGAGACAAUACAUCGCGACCUUAAACAGCCAAACCCACCUACCACCACAACACCUUUCCUUCCCCAAGUGCUGCGAGACAGGUAGCCUGUUUACUCCGCGCGUUCACAUCCUCGAUUUUCAUCCUUCAGCAGACUUAACUUUCUUCAUUCAUUUGGCGUGCGUGUUAGUACAAAUUCGGUCUAAGAUUGGACUGCAAAUUAUGUUUUUAUUUGACAGUUGAUUGAAUAAACUCGCGCUUGCAAAACGGUGGUUUUGACGUUCAUCUGACUGACCUUAUAAGAGCGAGUGGCGUUCAGCUUAUUGGAUGCAGGAUACAGGCUACGUGCGCGUCAGCUCCAAAUUCGGCUUUGGAUCACAGAGGAAGGACAGAGGACUCCAGUUCAUUGCGUCGCUGGCUUCCAAUAUGAAGUCUGCAGAAGAAGAUGCAUACAGCUACACCCCGAACGUCAGCCUGUCUCUUCCGCUGGGCAUGGGGAACCCCUGCCUGGUCACCCAAUACCACACUCUGCAGCCCAGUCCGGUUAUCUCCUCGUGCCAGCAGGGGGGCUUCGGCCUCCAGAGCGACAACCAGGUGGUGGGGGGAUACUACCAGCCCCAGGGCUACAGACCCAACGGGGCGCCGGCCCUGGAAAGCCCCCGCAUUGAGAUCACCGCCUACAGCCCCUUCCCCGAGGAGGAGGUGGAGGAAAGCAGCCACAUGGACCUCAUCACCAAACGCGGGGUCAACUCCGUGGUGACGCUGACCCUCCCCAACGCCGACGGCUACCGCGACCCCAGCUGCCUGAGCCCCGCCAGCAGCAUUUCGUCGCGCAGCUGCAACUCGGACGCCUCGUCCUACGAGUCCGGCUUCUACAACUACGACCACUCCCCGCAGAACUCUCCCUGGCAGUCCCCCUGCGUCUCCCCCAAGGGAUCCCCGGCGCUGCUGUCUUGCCCGCACGCCGGCGGGCCUGCAAUCUCCCCCCACCAUUCUCCCUCCUCCUCUCCCCAGAUAGGGGCAGUAGCCGAAGAAAGCUGGGCUGGGCAUCCUCGCGGAUCCAGGCCCAAUUCCCCUUCCUGCGGCGGCGGAGGAAGCGGCAGCGGUGGAAGUGGCCACGGAGGUGGAGGUGGUGGGGGUGGUGGCGGCGGUGGUGGCGGCGGUGGUGGUGGCGGUGGUGGUGGCGGAGGUGGUGGUGGUAUGGGCAAGAGGAAGUACAGUUUCAAUGGUGCCCCCUUCUGCCAAACAUCCUGCUCACCCAACCAGUCCCCCAUACCUUCCCCGCAUGGCUCCCCAAGGCUCAACGUCACGGAUGAGAGCUGGCUGGCCAACACCAACCAGUACACCAACUCCGCCAUCGUGGCCGCCAUCAACGCCCUGACAACGGACGGAGUGGUGGACAUGGGGGAGGGCAUCCCCGUCAAAGCCCGCAAGACCAUGCUGGACCACAGCCCCAACGUGAGCAUGAAGCUGGAGCCCCGGGGAGAGGACCUGGGUCUUGACCAUGAGUUCUGCCACGAGGACUACGCCUCCCGCAUGGCCUUCAAGAAGGAGAACUACUGCGGGGGUUUCCUGGAUGUCCCGAAGCAUUCCUACUCCUGGUCCAAGCCCAAGCCUUACCUCAGCCCAUCUCUGCCCUCCCUGGACUGGCAGCUGCCGUCGUGCUCCGGGCCCUACAGCCUGCAGAUUGAGCUGCAGCCCAAGUCACACCACCGGGCCCACUACGAGACAGAGGGCAGCCGUGGGGCCGUCAAGGCUCUGUCUGGAGGACACCCCGUCGUACAGCUCUACGGCUACAUGGAGAACGAGCCGCUCACCCUGCAGCUCUUCAUCGGCACGGCGGACGACCGCCUGCUGCGCCCCCACGCCUUCUACCAGGUCCACCGCAUCACCGGCAAGACCGUGUCCACCGCAAGCCACGAGGUCCUGCAGUCCAACACCAAGGUGCUGGAGAUCCCCCUGCUCCCAGAGAACAACAUGAGAGCCAUAAUCGACUGCGCGGGGAUCCUGAAGCUGCGCAACUCAGACAUCGAGCUGCGCAAGGGAGAAACAGACAUCGGCCGCAAGAACACGCGCGUGAGGAUGGUAUUCCGCGUGCACAUCACCCAGCCCAACGGCCGCACCGUCUCCCUGCAGGCCACCUCCAACGCCAUCGAGUGCUCCCAACGCUCAGCACAGGAGCUGCCCUUGGUGGAGAAGCAGAGUGUCGACAGCUAUCCAGCGACGGGGGGCAAGAAAAUGCUUCUGAGUGGACUCAACUUCCUUCCCGAUUCCAAGGUGGUGUUUGUCGAGAAGGCCCAAGAUGGUCAUCACGUGUGGGAGACGGAAGCCAAAGUGGACAAGGACUCCUUCAAGUCUAACACAAUUGUGGUGGAGAUCCCGCCCUACCGGAACCAGAGGCUGUCCAGCCCGGCGCAGGUCAACUUCUACGUCUGCAACGGCAAGAGGAAGCGAAGCCAGUGCCAGCGCUUCACCUACCUGCCCUCCAACGGACAUUUUGUGCCGAUAAUAAAGACAGAGCCCAACGAUGAGUACGACUCUCUGGGCGCCCCCCGGCCGCCCAAGCCCUACUUCAGCCGGCCCCGGCUCUCCCCCAUAAUACCGCUGGGGGACGGGGAGGACUGCCUCAUGGGGGACUACCCCCCCUGCCCGCCCCGCCACGCCUCCCCGGGCUCCAGCCCCACGCUGCACGACCUUUCCCCGGCGGCGGCGGCGGCGGCGUACAGCAAGUGCCUCCCCAACAGCCCCGCCCCGGCGGCCCCGCCCAGCUCCAUGGCGUCCAUCAUCCAGGAGAACCCGGGCCGCCCGUCCACCGCCACGGGCCACCCGUCCUCCCCGGACCACGGCUCCUCCCCCUCUGCCCUGGCGCCGCUCCACGCCCAGGGCAGCCCCCACGCGGGCUACCACCCGGGCUACGCCAACAGUUGCAGCAGCGCCUCGUCCUCCUCCGGGUCCCAGCCCUCCACCCCGUGCGGGGACAGCCCCUUCAUGCAGGCCUACAGCCCCGUCCAGGGCCAGCAGCAAGCGGCGGCCGGGACGACCCAGGCCAAGGGCGGCUCGCCCGGCCUGCUGCGGGACGACGCCAGCCCCCCCGCCCCGGCCGUCACCGUCAAACAGGAGCCCCAGGAGCUGGACCAGAUGUACCUGGACGAUGUUAACGAGAUCAUCAGAAACGACCUCUCCUGCAUUUCAGUGCACGCUCACGCAUAGACGUCCAGACGUCCAGAGGCAGCACUGUGCCCAGCAGGCUGAGAUCUCACUCCUCCUCAAAACACUGCCUCACAGCAUCCUCUCCAUGAAGAAAAAGAAAGAAGAAGAAAGAAAUGAUCGAAGAAGAUCUUUCACGUGACCGCAAUGACCAUCAGCUCCACAGAACUCAGUCCGGGUAACAGCCCUUGACCAGGGAUUGCAGGUGAAUGUUUUAAAACUCGUGUCAUAUCAGGUUCUGAAACAUAUGACGACACAUGCCUUAAUCCACAACAAGCACUCCUUACUGGACCAAAACAAGCUCAGUCUGAAUAUACAAAAAUAGAGUAAAAUGACAAUCUCAACAAAUGACGUUCUCCGUUAUACGGGUGAUUCAUUGAACGUAUGCUAAUGCAUGGAAUACAAUAGCGAGAAAUCUGUUUUGUGAGUCCCAGUUUUGGUUUAUUUGCCUGUGCAGUCCGACCAUACCAUUCCAAGUGGUGCCUUAUAAAAAGAAUAUUUUGUUGCAACAAAAAUCUGCAAACACAAUUCAAUGCAAUCGUUUGUUAUCUAUCGUAAUAGCCCUCCUUGUUGUAUACAUGUGAAAUAUUGUCAUUUCAAUAAUUUGUUUACAGGGAAAAAAACAAAGGAAAUAUGGAGGGAAUAUUUGAAAAGCUUAUUAAUGUAUUUUUUUUCCUUUGUUUUAAUAUUAUUAUCCGAUGUAAUGUUCAAUAUACUGAAUGUCAUGUAUGUUUUUGUAUAAUCAUAUAUCUGAAAUGUACUUACAUAUGCCUUAUUCUUAUAUUAUGCAGUUUUCUAUUAAGCUUUUGGUGUUUGCGUCAUUGCUAUUUUAUCUCUCUGCUAUUCAUUUUCAUUUUUACACUUUUCACCUCUGUGCCUAUUUCUAUUGCCCUGCCCUAGUCUUCCACUUCACUAUAAAUAAGACAUAGAAAUACUUUAGACAAUCCUAAACAAUUGUACAUAUCUAUCAACAGUUGACCAACAAAAUCUUAUAAGGAUGCAGCUAUCCAAAAGUAAUGUUAUGCAUAAAGGUUUUCAAUUUCUUUGAGAGUGCUCCUCAAAAUGUAUUUUAAUAUCCCUUGCACUGCAGGAUUUUAGGUAACAAAUGUCCAUCAAUAACUUUGAGGCAUUGUGUGUUUUUUUAAUUUUUGUAUGAUAAAUCUGUGAAGUUGAGACAAAUUCUGCUUAUAAUGGGCAAUAACUGAACUGUUCAUAUCAAUUUUUUUUUUUUUUAUGCAAUAAAAACUGCCGAUGUGGUAUUUGUUACUUAAUUCCCUGAGAGUGUAACAAUGCUUAGUAAAUUACUGUGGGAGAUGAAUAAACCUGCACUUUAACAUUCUUUUCAAGACCAAAUAUUUGAGAUUUAUUCACUUUCAAUGUAACAAGUAAAAAGUUCAAUUGAACUAAUCAAACAUUUCUUCCAAAGAGCUCUCCUCUUUUCAAUGUAAGUAACGUGUUUAGUUGUCUUUCUUUGAGCAUGCACACAUUUAAAAUGUGAGGAUCAUUUAGCUGAUAAUAGCUAACCAUAUAGCUUCCUAAUACAUUUGAAACAUAUAAAUAUCAGCAUGGCUAAAUUGUAUGUAUACAGUUUUUAUUGUGUGCCUUAUUGUUCUUUCUCAGCUUCGAUACUAUAGCAUCUCUUUUUUUAUAUGUAGGCACUACGUGAAACAUGUGUCUUUGAAAAAGUAAUAUUUAUGAAAAAUAAAACGUGUGUUUUAAGUAC